AUGAAUGUGAUCAAAUGGCAAUUGGGUUUUGAAGGAAUUUUUGUUGUCGAUGCGCAUGGGCACAGCGGUGGUUUAGCUAUGUUAUGGAGGAAAGAAGAGGAGGGGAGGCUCCUGAGCUAUAGCAACAAUCAUAUUGAUAUGGUAUUAAAUUUGGCGGAUCACCCAGAAUUUCGUUUAACUGGAUUUUAUGGAGAACCUCAUCGCCAUUUACGCCAAAAUACUUGGAGUAGACUCCGUCAACUUGCUAGCGCUUCACUGUUGCCAUGGUGUUUAAUUGGUGAUCUUAACAACAUUCUUUAUCAAUGGGAGAAAAAAGGAGGUCGUGCUUAUCCCAGUAGGCUCAUUAGCGAAUUUCAUGAUGCGCUUGUUGAUUGUGGCCUUAAUGAUUUGGAACUAGUGGGCCACCCUUAUACAUGGGAGCGUGGUAGAGGCACUUCCAAUUGGAUUGAAGUGAGACUUGAUCGCGCACUCUUUUCUCAAACUUGGAGAUCUAUUUUCCCUGGCGCUAAACUGGUCAAUGUAGAGAUCUCGACAUCUUACCACUCUCCCAUUUGGUUGGAUCUUGCGUAUCGGAGGAGGGAUCCUUUUGUGAAGAGAUUUCGGUUUGAGAAUGCCUGGGUUAGAGAACCCAUGUGUCGUCAAAUUGUUCAAGCUAACUGGCUUAGCUACCACACGGUUUCUCUCCAUGAUAAGAUUAGGUGCUGCAGUACUGCCCUUGCUGAAUGGGGUAAGGAUAUCACAGGCAAUUUCAAAGAGCGUAUCAACUCUUGUAAAAGAUCACUUCGACAACUUAAGGGGUGUAGAGAUGAGGAGGUUAUCCGCCGCUAUCAGGAGGUUCAUAGCUGCCUUUUGGAGGUUCUUGAGCAGAAGGAGAUAUUCUGGCGGCAACGCUCGAAGCAACUUUGGUUACAAGCAGGUGACCAGAAUACCAAAUUCUUUCAUGCUUGUGCUACCACUAGAAAGCGAAAUAAUCAUCUCGCUUCUCUUAAGAAUGACCAGGGUGUGUGGGUGAAUUGGGAUAAUGGGUUGGAUACAGUUAUAGUUGACUACUUCAGGAACAUAUUCUCGGCCUCACAGACUAAUUGGGAGAGGGUGAUUGACUGCGUCCCGGAGAGCAUCACUGAAGAAAUGAACAUGGAGCUACUUGCCCCGGUGGAGGAUAGUGAAGUGAAGGAAGCAUUGUUCCAAAUGCACCCUGAUAAGUCGCCUGGGCCAGAUGGAUUCAAUCCGGGUUUUUAUCAGAGAUACUGGGACAUUGUGGGCUCAGAUGUGAUUCGGUUAGUGCAGCACUUCUUCAUGUUUACUGAAUUCCCAGUUCAUCUUAGUGAUACACAUAUUGCUCUUAUUCCAAAAAAGGCAAAACCAUAA